GUAUUUGAAUCUCCGCCGCUUUUCAGCGAGCAGGAAACGGCGAGAUGGCGUCGGCGUUCGCGGAGAGCCUCCAGUGCUCGGUGUGCCGAGACAUCUUCAGAGACCCAGUGCUGCUGCUCUGCUCUCACAGCUUCUGCCGGGCGUGUGUGCAUCAGUACUGGGAGCACAGCGGGUCCCGGAUCUGCCCCGAGUGCCGGACGCUCUUCCCCAUGGAACAUCCGCCUUGCAACCGCGCGCUGAAGAACCUGUGCGAGAUCCUGCAGCAGGAGAGGAGCAGUGGCGCAUGCGCAGAAGCUCAUCUGCGCUGUGAGGAGCACGGGGAGACUCUGGAGCUCUUCUGUGAGGAGGAGCAGCGGCUGAUGUGCAGUGUGUGUGUGGAGGAAGGAGAAAACACACACCAACAGCACACCUGCACACCUGUGGAGGAGGCCGCUAACGGCAUCAAGGAGAAGCUCAAAACAAGACUGGAGCCACUGCGGGAGCAGCUCAAACUCUUACAAUCGCAGAAAUCGAUCGGGCGUCAAAGAGUGAAACGCAUGCAGUAUCUUGCGGAGCAGGCCGAGGCGGAUCUUCGGACGGAGAUGGAGGAUCUUCAUCAGUUCCUGCGGGAUGAAGAGCAGCUCCGAGUGACGGCGCUGAGAGAGGAAGAGGAGGAGAAGAGGAUGAAGAUUGAGGAGAAGAUCAGCAGCAUCAGCAGGCAGAUCUCAGCACUCGCUCUGACCAUACACAACACUGAGCAGCAGAUCCAGACCAGCAGCGCCGAGUUACUGAUGAGCUAUAAAGAUGACCCUGACAGUUUUCAGAGCUUCAGUUUGAGUUCAGACUCAGAGGAUCCUCCAGAGCAGCUGCUGGACGUCUGCAGACACCUGGGAAACCUCAAGUUCAGCGUCUGGCAGAAGAUGCGGACCGCCGCUCAAUACACUCCAGUGGUGCUGGACCCGAACUCUGCUCACCCUUGCGUGCGUGUGUGUGCGGGUCUGCGCUCGCUCCGCUUCAGCCGCCGCUGUCCUCCAGCUCUGUGUAUUGCAGGUGGGCGUGAGGGUUACUCCAGUGUUUUGGGCUCUGUGGCUCUGGGCUCCGGGUCGCACCGCUGGGACGUGCAUGUGGGCGACAGCAGCGUCUGGGCUUUAGGAGUGAUCUCUGAAUCCGCCCUGCAGACCCAAGACCAGCUGCCCGAAUCUGGACUGUGGAUCCUGGGCUUCCAGAGUGGGGAGUACGGCCAGGGCUGCUGCGGAGAGAGUCUGUCCCGGCUGGGGGUCCGACAGAGGGUCAGCAGGGUCACGGUGCUGCUGGACUGGGACGCCGGAAAGCUGACCUUCCUGGACUCACUCACAGGUGACCACAUACACACCUUCACACACCGCUUCACCGACAGACUGUUUCCAUAUUUCUGCAACUCCUGUCCAUCUGAAGAGCUGAGGAUCUUACCGGUGGAGGAUCUGUACACACACACACCGCUAGUGGAGGAACUGAACACACACACUCUGCCAGUGGAGGAUCUGAACACACACACACCACAUGUGGAUGAUCGGUACACACACUCUCCGCCAGUGGAGGAUCUGAACACACACACACCACCUGUGGAGGAUCUGAACACAAACACUCUGCCAGUGGAGGAUCUGAACACACACACACCACAUGUGGAUGAUCAGUACACACACUCUCCGCCAGUGGAGGAUCUGAACACACACACACGACCUGUGGAGGAUCUGAUCACACACACACUGCCAGCAGAAAAAUCAGAGCCUGUCAGAAAAAGGCAGAAGAAAUGGAUGUACAUUAUCAGGAUUAUCACACGGCUACUGGCCGCAAAACUAUAUUAGUAGACACAGAACACUGAACUGAGCUGGGGCCAUUUACUGGCUGUUCACUAAAAGUAAAGCUUGCAGAGAGAAAAUGCUUUAUAAAUAGUUGGAUGCAGCCUAAAUGUGUUAUUAUGUUCAGGAUAAAGGAGGUUGUUAUCUCAGAAUAAAGCCUGGCAGGUUAAUCACCAGCCUGAUGUGAAGUGCAGCACUGUUAUAGCGGACUGAAGGGUUUAUUCUGAGACAACAACCGUCUGGAUGUUCUUUAUCAUGCUUACUACAUGACUACUGGCCACAAAACAUAAACAUUGGAAACAAAA